AUGCUGUGGACCGCGGGUCUCUGCCUCCUCUGGGCCUGGUCCAUCCUCGGAGCUCCGGUGAACGUGCAGAGACAGAAGGUGCUGCUGAUCUCCUUCGACGGAUUCCGGUGGGAUUACGACCGCAACGUGGACACGCCAAACCUGGACAAGAUGGCCGAGGAUGGAGUCAAAGCUCUGUAUGUCACACCUCCUUACCUCACUCUCACCAGCCCUACACACUUCACCCUCUUGACAGGCCGCUACAUUGAGAACCACGGGGUAAUCCACAACAUGUGGUUCAACACAACCAGCACGGAGAAGAAGCCCUACUAUCAGACCCAGUUUGUGAACGAGUGGUGGAACAAUGGCAGUCUGCCGAUCUGGAUCACCGCGCAGAGACAGGGCCUAAAAGCUGGCUCGCUUCACUUUCCUGGCACGGCUUCCAGUUACCAGGGACAGUUUGCUAUGGUGCGGGAAGUGGAGCCGGUGCUGUACAACUACAAGAACGAGACCGCUUGGCGAGAGAACAUAAACAAGGUGAUGGGCUGGCUCAGGGACCAGGAUCUGGACUUUGUGUCCCUGUACUUCGGCGAGCCGGACGGCACAGGCCACAGAUACGGGCCCGACUCACCGGAGCUCCGGGAGAUGGUCAAGCAAGUGGACCGGACGGUGGGCUACAUUCGAGACAUGUCCGCGCUACACGAGCUGACCGACCGCCUGAACAUCAUCGUCACAUCGGACCACGGCAUGGGCACGGUGUACCGGAACGGUCUGGUGGAAGAGAUCACGCUGUCCAAGAUCCCGGGCUUCUCCUUCACGGACUUGUCUUUUCACCUGGUGGACUUUGGCCCCUCUGGGAUGUUGUUGCCGAAGCCGGGCAAGCUGGAGAAGGUUUACAGUGCCUUGAAGGGGGCUCAUCCGCACCUCCAUGUGUUCAAGAAGGAGGAUAUGCCGAAGCGCCUCCACUUCGCCAACAAUGAUCGUAUCCUCCCCAUCAUUUUAUGGGCCGACGCUGGAUAUGUGAUCAACGGGUAUUUCCCCGUUCAGUUCAACAAAGGUGAGCACGGCUUUGACAAUGAAGAUAUGGAUAUGAAGACCUUCUUUAGGGCGGUGGGACCGGCGUUUCACAAGAACCUGGAGGUGGGGCCCUUCGAGACGGUGAACAUCUACCCCUUGAUGUGUCACAUCCUGGGUAUACAGCCGGAGGUCAACGACGGCCACCUGAAUGCCACCAAACACAUGCUGGUUACUAGCGCUACGAAGCAGGGUGAAGAUGGGCAUUUCCUGCAAAAUGUCUUCAUUGGAUUGGCUGCAGUGGCUGGCUUUCUUGUUGCAGUUUUUAUAGUGAUGACAUCCCACAAAAUAAUUCAGAAAAAACGCAAGAAUGAAAGAUAA